AUGAGCGCCACUGCUUCUUCCUUGAGUGAUGAGGAGAAUGCUGUUGAUUCUUCUGUUGGACAGCCAUGGCAAGCUGACACUGCUGAUCCCUCUGCUGCUGGAACUGUGCCGCCUCGAGCACCACCUGAAAGGUCAUCUAAUUCUUCCUCUGACAAUGCUGCCGCCGCUCCAGCAACUUUCAAAACUGCUCGUGAGCUGUACUUGGAGUCAGGCAAUGACAAGGCUAGUAUGCUCUUUUGCCUCUGUAUUGGUUUGGAAUCAGAGGAUGGGGGGCGCAAGCUUGGUGACUUGUCUGAGGAACCUUAUUCCCAGAUGAAGAAGAAAAACCAAAACAAACUCAAGGUUCAAAAUGCUGUUCUCGCAAAAGAGGUGGUUCGCCGUGGCCUUCAGCUUGGUCUCACUGGCAAAGACAAGGUCCGCCCAAGCAACUGGAAGCAAGAUAGGCUGAUGAAGUGGUUGAGCGAACAUCCCAUCAAGGAUGCAUCCUGCAUUUCAUUUCUCCAGCAGAAUGAGUUGGCAUAUUUUACUGCCACGCAGAACCACCUGGCUGAGACGGCAACUCGCAAGGAUAAUGAAGAAUCUCCCGCUGGCACUGGCGAAAAUGCGCUAUGGCGCAACAAGAUUCUGCCCAAUCUUCGCAUGAUUGUGGCAGCCCAUCAUGAUGAUGUUCGCAAGUAUUUGUUGGAGGAAGGAAGUGUCCUUGAUCGACAUGAGUUGGAUGCGAGAAAUAGAGAGGAUCGCCCCAUGACUUUUUGGGAAGCUCUCGCCAAGAAGUACAAUGAUGACUUUUGGGUGGCAACUGUGGAAGCCCUUCUGGAUCUACACUCUGAUUUUAUUAUUGAGCAAGACAUUUUCUCCACAGAUUGUCCCGGCAAUGGCAAAGUCGCGGCUGACUUUAUCAAGAAACAGUGGAACCAAGCAAAGCUCAAGUGCAACAAGAUCGUUAACGCUUGGGAGCGAAGUGGCAAUGGAUAUGGGCAAAUUGAUCAUGAGCCAGAAGACGAUGGUGAAGAAGAAAAGUCUGAACCGGCAAGACAGUUUGAGCAUUUGUCCGAAGAGCGACUACUCGCUGGAGAUAACAGGGCUGAAUUUUGCAUUGAGCGCCUUGGACACAAGUCUUUUCAUCUCUACCUUUGGCAUCUUGCAGACAAGCACGGCAAUCUUUGCUGUGUUGUUACUCGAUUGGGCGAUGAGAUUGCUGGAAGUGGAGAUCAGGUAGCAACAAACACAACAGAAACAAAGACACGCAGAGGAAAAGAUGAUCCUGAGUUGAAGCAGCUUCGAAGGUCACUCGGUAACUCCCAAGUUGAACUGUCUUAUCAAGCUGUCAUUGAGAAUCUUACCAAUGCCAACAAAGAACUCACGCUUUCUAGAAUCCAGAAGGUAAAGGCUUCAAGUGAAGAAGAGCGUGACAUCUGGCAGGAAAGCAUUGUCGAGCAAGAAGAAAUCGUAAAGGGUCUCAAGCGCCGUAAGAAGUCCUAUGAAGUCAAAACGAAAGCUUCCAAGAGCAAAAAAACGUCCAAUGAAGGGACCGACUAG